AUGUUGAGAGGAAUCCAUGCCAGUUUUUACGACUUGCCAGAAAAUCAAUUUUCAAACCCAACCGUCAAUUCCCCCCAAAACGACAGCGUUAGUGAUGCCAUUUACAGCUCCGAUGAAUUCCGCAUGUACGCAUACAAGAUCAAGAGGUGCACCGGGACCCGCAGCCACGACUGGACCGAAUGUCCUUUCGCCCACCGCGGGGAGAAGGCCCAGCGACGGGACCCGCGCAAGGUCUACUACAUGGCCAUCGCGUGCCCUGCCUUCCGCGAAGGCUCGUGUCACAGGGGGGACACGUGCGAGUUCGCACACGGCGUGUUCGAGUACUGGCUCCACCCGGCAAGGUAUCGCACGCGCGCUUGCAAUGCGAAUCGUCUUUGUCAACGCAAAGUCUGUUUUUUCGCUCACACUGCUGAGCAGCUCCGGCCCGAGACCAAAUACAAGUGUCAUUUCACUUACCGGCCCCGAAUGAACCUGAACAUCGGGGACCCAGAAGGUUCGGGGAUGCGAUCUGUGGGUGUAGAUGGCGCCAGUACUUCAUCGCCUGGACCAGUGUCGCCAAUGAGGGUGUUGAGGAAGGAGGAAUGUUUGGAAGAGAAGGUCACAGACUUUUUGAGGAGUUUGAGUGGGCUGAAGAUUAGGGAUGAUGAUGGAAUGGAGAACCCAAAUGGUGGGAUUAAGGGGCCGGAAUCGGAUUUGCAAAAGCCAAAUAUCGAUUGGAUUUCAGAGUUGGUGAAAGAAAUGGAUCGAUCGCAGUGA